UGAGACCUGUAUUGAACACUUUCUUUGAGUUUUCUUAGCCUCAAUUUGAAUUCCCACACAAACACACAAGCAUAUCUUAUUAUUGUUCAAAGUAAGAAAGCAAGAUGAACCAAAACCAGAACGCUGCAUACCAAGCUGGCCAAGCCAAGGGCCAAGCUCAGGAGAAGGGUAGCCAAAUGAUGGACAAAGCAAGCAAUGCUGCUCAGGCUUGUAAAGAUUCAAUGCAAGAGACUGGGCAGCAAAUGAAGGCUAAGGCACAAGGGGCUUGUGAUGCAGUGAAAGAUGCUACUGGAAUGAAGUGAAUGUGAAUGGAUCUACUACUACUAUUUUGGAGCUUCUCUCAAGUUUUGAUUUCUUUUUCUUCUUCUUUU